UACUUGCCUAUUAAUCUUUUCCCAUGUUAUGAUGUCUUGUCACAUGGAAGAACAUUCUGAGAGGCGCCAACUUCAUGAGUUAACUGUAAAGAGGAAAGACCUGAAGCGAUGUGACAAUGAUAACCGCGUAUGCGUCACUGACGAUAGUGACUGUGUCCCCAGAUCUCAUGUGUCUCAUGAAAGGGUGAAUAUAUCAUGCUUUUUUCUACUCACGGACUAUGCUCUGACUCCGUAUCCUCAAUGCCUUUGGAGUCAGGAAUAUAACAUCAAUGCAGAAAGCAUGCACUCUCUCAUUUUCAGUCAGACCACUCCGAUUUAUUCUUGUAUGGGAAUCUUCAGCUUUGGUGGACGAAUGAAUGUAACUUUAAAAAUUAAGAACAACAUGAACGGAAUGGAGUCGUGGUCAGAGCCCUACGAAGUGGCAGUACAAGAAGCAAUAAAAGCACCUUGUCCUACCAUCACAUCAGUCAAUGGCUCUGACAACUCACUGGAGGUGACAUGGGGGAUCAGCAAGUUGCACACUAGAUGUCGGGUCCGUUACCGAAUGGCCACUGACAAAUGGACUGAGAUCCCAGCCUAUGUUCUUGUGGAAAGUGUUGAAAAAGCAGUCUACACGAUUGAAGGCCUCAAGCCUUUCAGCAGCUACAUCAUUGCCGUUUCCUGUAUUUUGUCAUUUGGUCACUGGAGUGACUGGAGCAUGGAGACAACUAGGACAACACUGGAGAGUGCACCCUCUAGACCGCCAGAUAUCUGUUAUCAUUUGGAGACGGUGAACAAACAAGGACCUCAUCACCUUAUGCUUAUGUGGAAGGCCCUUGAUGUUUAUGAUGCUCACGGACAUAUUCUUGGGUACCAAGUGAGCUACACACAAACAAAGCACCCCUUUCUGAGUGUGACCACUAACACCACAGAUCUGAAGGUGGUCCUUGUGGUGACCGAGGAUGAGUUGGAGGUCACAGUUAUGGCGUACAACAGCGCUGGUGGAUCUCCUUACUCUCAUCUAAAGAUUGACCUGAGUCUUCAUCAGACUCUACCCUCAGUGAGAAGACUUUGGGUGAAUUCAGAAGAUGAUAGGCUAGUGCUUCAUUGGGAUGUGGGACACAUAUCCCUGCCAGUUAGUGAGGUUGCCAAUGAGUGGGCCACUGAUGCUGCACAUCCCACAUCCAGUCACUGGAAACGAGUGAAUGGCUCCACCAGAUCAACAGUCUUGAAAGACCAUCUUCAGCCUGGGACAACAUACAGAAUCAAUGUUUACCCCAUAUCAAAUCAACUGUGUGGGCCACCCAAGUCAAUCUUUGCCAACCUAGAGUACGGAACGCUUUUAGGUGCAGUCGGAAUGCACGUUGUGGAUGUGACUAAAAACACAGUGACUGUACAGUGGGAGUGGCAGAGAAAGGAGGUUCACCCCAAGGUUCUCAGAUACAGAGUGAUACUGCGCCUGGGGGAGAUACAGGUCGAAUCUAUCCCUGUCUGGCCAGAGGUAUGGCAGCACACAUUCUUCAAACUCCGUGCAAACACAGGCUAUUCUGUUCAUUUACUGGCGGAGACUUCUAAUGACAACAUUUCAAGAGAAAUUAUUCCGAUUAAAACACAUAUUUUUGAACAUAAUGAAAUAAUGUUCACCUUCUGUCUAAUCGUCCUGCUUACUCUUGGCCUUGGAGUUUUCUUGAUCUUAUCCAGAACUGUCUACAAAACAUAUUUCUUUCCAAAUAUUGCUAACCCUGGGGCCAGUGUUGUUGGACGAUGGCUUUUGGAGUCACACCAUGAGAAAAACCAUGUGAAGAAUGUACUGAAGCUGGAGGAGUUCUUAGUCACUGAUCUCUCAGGAGAAAACGGCUUUGUUGAGCUGGGGCAAGAAAGGCCACCUGUGAGAGAGGACGGGAUUUUUAACCCUGUGAGAUCUCACAGUACCCUCAAUAUAAAACAUAUUUUUAUUCCGCAAAAUACAGAAUACAUUGAAAAUACUCCUAAAAGUAACAGAGAGAACAGGGAUUCCUCCCUGAUGUUUAACAAUGUUGCCCACAUAGAGAAUGGCCAGGGUACACACAUAGAAAAUUUCCAGGGUAGCUUACUUCCAGAAAGCACCCAAAUACAGUGCAAUUUUGACUAUAUAAAGAACAAGCAUACUCUUGAAAAAUAGACACCCCAACACCCCAAGCAAUGUUGAGUAAAUUGAAAACACUUUUUCUCAGCAAUAAAAUGCUCAAUAUGGAUCGUCUUCAAUGAAUGCCGUUUUAAUAUUCUCAAUAAACAAACCUAGAUUUUUUUGUAUGUAGUAUUGUAUGUAGUAUUGUCUUUAUGUAUUAUGUAUUAUGGGGACUUUCAUUCAAUGUAAAUAGAUAUAUAAAUAAUUACCUGAAUUCAGCUUACCUGACUGAUGGUAUCCUAUACGAAAAUAAUAUACUAUGGAAUCACUGAUAGAGAAAAUUAUGAAGGGGAAAAUACACACUGAGAAGGGACAGUUAAAAUAUUUGAUUAAAUAUAUGUAGUUGCAGCUCUUAAAUAACUUGUCAGUAAUUGUAUUGCAUGGUAAUUUAUAUUACCUGUAUUAGAGGGCUUAAAGUUGACGUACGAUGCCUCCUGGUGGUCAUUCAUUCCUUCAACGAAAACAGCCCAGUGGCAACCCAAAACUGUAUAACAGUGCCAAACCCCAAACUGCAUAAUAACAGUGCCUAAACUAGUUGAUUCAUCACCACGGUCAUUUUCAGUGUAGUAUUUGGCUGCUCUAACAAGACAGGAAAGACAACGGGCGAAAAUAUGCUUACAGAUUCCCUGCAAUCCUAAAAAUACCAUUGUUGAUACCAAUGAGAUGAGACUCAACUGUCAGAAAGGCGAAUAAACCUUUUGGCCCGUCAAAUUAAAUCAAAUUUUAUUGUCAAGACUUUAACCCAGACAGCUGCCAGUACAAGACCUGCUACUAUCAUUUCAUCACUGGUAAGUACAGUUGAAGUCGGAAGUUUAGCCUCAGCCAAAUACAUUUAAACUCAGUUUAUCACAAUUCAUGUCAUUUGAUCUGAGUAAAAAAUCAUUGUUUUAGGUCAGUUAGGAUCACCACUUUAUUUUAAGAAUGUGAAAU